AAGGCCUUAUUUUUCGCCCUGCAAUACAAAGGGAAAGGUUGAAAUUUUAUUUCUCCGGGGGUGCCGUGGAAGCCGAAACUCGAAUGGACUGUCUUCUAUGCUGCAAGCCUGCAACAUAUUGGGGAGCGAAGUCGCAAAGUGGCGCUCCACCGGAAAAGAAAUAGUGCAAUAGCUCAGCUGUAUUCAAUACUCGACACACAAGAGUCAAGACGCGAUCUUUAUCUCUUUCUCGCCCUCCUUCUCUAGGGUUCGUGGAUUCUUAGCGAUGGAGGAAGAAGGCGGCCUUUCGAAGCCAGUUGCAAUGAUAGCUUGCAUUGCUAUGGCCCUUCUAUACGUUGCCAUUCUCUACGCUCCCACUCUGGUCCUUCGGUUGCCUCCCCCUCCUUCUUUCAACAAUUACAUGGUCCGACGCUUCAUUUGUGCCAUCAUUUCUUCGAUCCUGUCGCUUUUCGUCUCUGCACUAAUCCUUCCUGUACGAACCAGGGCAGCAGCAUAUUUAUUUCCUGUUUAUGGUAUAAGAGCGGAUCAUAGUUGGCAAGCAGUGACCAUCCCUCUUUUUCUGACCUCUCUAAUGUAUGCUGGAUCAAUAUUCCUCAAGCUUCUCUUAUUGAUUGAUUCUUGGAGGCAAUACAGCAGUUCCAGUGGAAGUCUUUCAUUUGAUUUGUGCAGAAAUGUCCUACUGAGGUUUCUUGGCUGUUUUCCUACCAUUUUAUCCAAUGUUUUAGUAUGGCGAACUUGUAUUGUGGCACCCCUUACUGAGGAGUUGGUGUUUAGAGCAUGUAUGAUACCAUUACUUCUUUGUGGAGGACUCAAAAUAUACAGUGUUAUACUUCUUUGCCCUGUAUUCUUCAGCUUGGCACAUUUAAAUCAUUUCAUGGAGAUUUACUAUAAGCAAAACUACAGCAUAAUCAAGGCUUCCCAGGUCAUAGGUCUCCAGCUUGGCUACACUGUUAUCUUUGGGUCAUACGCUUCAUUUCUUUUCAUUCGAACUGGACAUAUUAUUCCUCCAGUGAUUGCUCACAUGUAUUGUAAUUUCAUGGGAUUGCCUGCACUAUUUUCACCAAGAAGUGGAUGGGUUAGUGUGGCCGUGGUGAUGGGACUAGUGGCCUUCUUUUAUCUUCUUUUGCCGGCGACCAGCCCAGAUUUGUAUAAUGAUAGAAUAGAUAAUUGCAGCUGUUGGCAUGGAUAUUGUUCUUGGGGGCAAGAAACAGGAAAGUCCCCGUUGUAAAAACUUUGGGAGGAAAAUUGAACCAAAACUUAUUUGGAACGACAUUUUCUCUGAAGAGUUGUGUCAGAAAUUGGUUCGGUUUUGCUCGUUUGUCUUUUGUUGAGUGUAGGAACUAGGAACCAAUAGAAAGCUGCAUCUUUAAAGAGGAGAAAUGUCUCUUUCGGUUGUU